CCUCCCACACUGCCCCUUCCCCGCCAACAAUGGAGGCCGCGGUGGUUCGCCUGCGCCGCUGCCGGAACGGCAGCCUCGUUCUCGUAUACCUCGCCGCCAUUCUGCUCGCGGCGACCGCGGCGGCCGCGCUCUCCGACGCCGAGGCGUCCGACAUUGCACGGCGGCAGCUGCUUUCCCUUCGGGAGGGCGACGGCGACCUCCCCGACGACUUCGAGUUCGACAUCCACGUGGACGUCACCUUCGCCAACGAGCGCCUGCGCCGCGCGUACGUCGCGCUCCAGGCCUGGCGCCGCGCCAUGUACUCCGACCCCAAGAACUUCACCGGCGGCUGGGUAGGAGCCGACGUGUGCUCCUACUUCGGCGUCACGUGCGUCCCGGCACUCGACGACGCUAACACCACCGUCGUCGCGGGCAUCGACCUCAACGGCGGCGACAUCGCGGGUUACCUCCCCGCGGAGCUCGGCAUGCUCACCGAUAUCGCCUUCUUCCACAUUAACUCCAACCGCUUCUGCGGCAUCAUCCCCAAGAGCUUCAGCCGCCUCACGCUCCUCCACGAGCUCGACGUCAGCAACAACCGCUUCGUCGGCGGGUUCCCGGACGUCGUACUGCAGAUCCCCGUGCUCAAGUACCUCGACCUCCGGUUCAACGACUUCGACGGCACCCUGCCGCCGCACCUCUUCGACAAGGACCUUGACGCUAUCUUCGUCAACAGCAACCGCUUCGUCGGGUUCAUCCCGGAGAAUUUCGGCAACUCGACGGCCACCGUGGUGGUGCUCGCAAACAACGCCUUCAUCGGAUGCAUCCCUCGCAGCGUUGGCCGCAUGGCCGACACGCUCGACGAACUCAUGCUUCUCAACAACCGCCUCGACGGCUGCAUCCCGCCUGAACUUGCUGAGCUCGUCAACUCCACGGUGGUGGACGUCAGCGGGAACGCGCUCGUUGGCACGCUGCCGGAGGGGCUCGUCAACAUGAUCAGGCUGGAGCAGCUGGACGUGUCGCGGAACCAGCUCGCCGGCGCCGUGGCGGAGAACGUGUGCAAGCUCCCGGCUCUCGCCAACUUCAGCUUCGCGCACAACUUCUUCAGCGUCGAGGCAGAGGCGUGCGUGCCGUCCGAGGACUCGCCGGUGGCGCUGGACGAUAGCGGCAACUGCCUCGAUGGCGGACGCCCGGGGCAGAAGCCGUUGCCUGAGUGCGCGCUUGUGCUCGCGCACCCCGUCGACUGCCGCACGAACGUCUGUUCCAAGAUGCCUGCGCCACCAGCGAAGAAGGUUCCUAGGCCACCAGACGUUAGUCCACAUCCGUUGCCACCAGCGCCAUCACCGGAGAACCAACCACCAAAGAAGUCCCCAGCACCACAGCCAGUGAGCCCACAGCCGUCGCCGCCACCAUCAGUGAAAUCUCCACCCGCACCCGCACCAGCACCAGCACCUAUUAGCUCGCCUCCCCCACUUAUCAAAUCUCCUCCUCCACCGGUUCCGGUUAGCUCACCACCACCACUACUAAAAUCGCCUCCACCUCCAGUAUCUAUGAGUUUACCACCUCCAUCUGUGAAAUCUCCACCGCCGUUGCCACCAAGGUCACCUCCAGCGCCAGUGAAAUCACCACCUCCUCCACCACCAGUAAGUUCGCCGCCACCACCAGUACCGGUGAGGUCACCACCACCGCCACCGCCAUCACCGAUUAGUUCACCACCGCCAUCAAUGAAAUCUCCACCCCCACCAGCACCUAUUAGCUCGCCUCCCCCACCUACCAAAUUCCCUCCUCCACCGGUUUCGGUUAGCUCACCACCACUAGUAAAAUCACCUCCAUCUCCAGCAUAUGUGAGUGAACCGCCUCCAACGGUGAAAUCUCCUUCACCACCAUCACCUCCACCGAUGAUUAAAUCACCGCCACCACCGGUGCCGGUGAGGUCACCUCCAUCGUCAGUGAAAUCACCACCUCCUUCACCACUGUUAAGUUCGCCGCCGCCACCAGCGCCGGUGAGGUCACCUCCACCGCUAACGAAAUCAUCACCUCCUCCACCACCGAUAAGGUCGCCACCCCCACCACAAGCAAACUCACCUCCUCCAUCAGCUCUAAUAAGCUCACCUCCUCCUCCGAUGCAAUCCCCUCCACCGCCUGCUCCAGUCAGCUCACCACCACCACCUAUAAAAUCACCACCACCGGCUCCAGUAAGCUCACCACCUCCUCUGGCGCAAUCCCCUCCACCACCUGCUCCAGUCAGCUCACUACCACCACCUGUAAAAUCACCUCCUCCACCGGCUCCAGUUAGCUCACCACCGCCUCCUGUGAAAUACUCUUCACCACCUACUCCAGUCAACUCACCGCCACCACCUGUAAAAUUACCUCCUCCACUAGCUCCAAUGGUUUCACCAUCGUCUCCCAUGAAAUCCCCUCCACCAACGGCACCCGUUAGCUCGCCGCCACCGCCUGUAAAAUCACCUCCUCCACCGGCUCCUGUGAUUUCACCAUCACCUCCUGUGAAAAUCCUUCCACCACCGGCACCAGUUAGCUCACCUCCCCCGCCAGUUCCCGUGAGCUCAGCACCCCCAUUUGCAAAAUCCCCACCGCCACAGUUCAAAUCACCUGCACCACCAACUUCGAGAAGAUCUCCACCUCCACUGGUGAAGCCCCCGCCACCACCGCCACUUGUAAGCUCUCCACCACUUCCACCAAUGACCUCCCCACCUCCACCAACACUGGCGAGCUCACCGCCUCCUCCAGUGAGGUCCCCUCCUCCACCGGCGCCAAUCAACUCUCCACCCCCACCGGUCAAAUCCCCACCACCACCUGCUCCGGUGAGCUCGCCACCUCCACCAGCCGUCCCAUCACCACCUCCACCCGCACCAUCAUCACCUCCACCGUCGGCACCUGAGGAGUUCAUCUUGCCACCAAUCAUGGCGCAGCAGUAUGCGUCGCCACCGCCGCCUCUGUUCCAAGGAUACUAAGCGGUGAUCACAGCGCGCUCUACUGACGAUGAGAGUAAUCGCGACGAGGGAGGCCAGGAGAAGCAGUGACAAGUCGAUCGCACCAUGCAAUGCUCUAGCGACCUGAAUUGAAUGCUAUCGGAUAAGCGCAUGUACGUUUGUGCGUAAGGGUAUAACAGCAUAGGUAAUGUAACGAGUGUGUGCACAUGUAACAUGAUGACCGAGAAGAGAAACAUGCAAAUGGAGAAGGAAUUGUUUCUGCCUUUCUA